UGUUAAAACAAUGAAUUAUUUGUUAAUAGCCAGUUUAGUUUCUAUGGUCUUUGUUUGUCAAGGCACCGACUAUGAGUUUCUGUUAGAUAAGGAUAUUUUUUACGAGUGUCCUGAUAAUAAUUUGGGAGUCCUCGAUAUAGCCGAUAUGACCAAUAUGACUAUGUCUGCAAAUGGAGCAAAAUUGCAUGUGGAAGGCUCAAUGACACUUAAUUGGGACUCUAAGGCCACACGCUAUGAGUUGACUGCUACUUUGCAUCGCUUUAGUAAUGGAGUCUGGGAAUCACCUGUGAUAACCGUCAAAGAGCAAGACUUUUGCCCUGUUAUGUAUACAAAGGGAAAGUAUUGGUAUACAUAUUUUCUAUCCUAUGUUUUAGAUGAAGAAAAGGCAAAAGAACAAUGCCUAAAUUACGGUACGGUUUUAGCUUUCAAGCCACAUGAUCAAGAUUGUGUAUUCCCAAAUGUAUAUGGCAUGAAUUUGUCGGGUCGUUAUAAAAUUAAAAUAGUUAUCGUACCCUAUGAGGGUAAAAAUAUAUUACAAGAACUAUGUAUGGAAAUACGAGGUGAAUUUGUGAAACGUAAAUGAGGCAAAUAUGGAUAUUAUUAUUAUAUAUAAA